CUUUCACUUCCCCCAUUCCCAUAAAACCCCUUUUUCUUCUUCCUUCGCUUGAAGCAAGCUCCUCUCCUCUCAUCUUUUCCCACUCACUCCCAUUCCCUCCAAUAACCCAAAAAAUGCACGCCAAGACCGACUCCGAGGUGACCAGCCUGGCGCCGUCGUCGCCGACCAGAUCCCCCCGCCGCCCGGCCUACUUCGUCCAGUCCCCCUCCCGCGACUCCCACGACGGCGAGAAGACCACCACUUCCUUCCACUCCACCCCGGUCCUCAGCCCCGUUGCCUCCCCGCCCCACUCCCACUCCUCCGUCGGCCACCACUCCCGGGAAUCCUCCUCCACCCGCUUCUCCGGCUCCCUCAAGCCCGGAUCUAGGAAGAUCUCCCCCAACGACGCCUCCAGAGGCGGCGGGCAUCGGAAAGGGAACCAGAAGCAGUGGAAAGAAGUCGAUGUGAUUGAGGAAGAAGGCCUGCUCGAAGACGAAGAGCGCCGCAGGGGAAUCCCCCGCCGCUGCUACGUCCUUGCUUUUGUUCUGGGGUUCUUCGUCCUCUUCUCUUUCUUCUCUCUGAUUCUCUGGGGAGCUAGCAGGCCCCAAAAGCCCAAGAUCACAAUGAAGAGCAUUAAGUUCGAGCGUUUCAACAUCCAAGCCGGCUCCGACGCCUCCGGAGUAGCUACCGAUAUGAUCACCGUCAACUCCACCGUCAGAAUGAUCUACCGCAACACCGGAACUUUCUUCGGCGUUCACGUGACCUCGACGCCUCUGGAUCUGACUUACUCGCAACUCGCAAUCGCCACGGGAACGAUCAAGCGGUUUUAUCAGAAGAGGAGCAGCCAGAGGUCGGUGGCGAUAUCCAUCGCGAGCGACAAGAUCCCGAUGUACGGCAGCGGAGCAGGGCUGAGCAGCACGGCCACCGGAAAACCCUUGCUGCCGGUCCACCUGACGCUGAACUUCACCGUCCGAUCUAGAGCUUACGUUCUGGGGAAAUUGGUGAAGCCGAGAUUCUACAAGACGAUCGGGUGCGACAUUACGUUCAAUCCGAACAAGGCCAACGCCACGAUCUCGCUCAAGCAUGCCUGCACUUACGAUUGAUUUUGAUUUUGAGGAUCUGAGAGGGACUGUGGAAGAGUUGAGGGACCGUUUUGUAAUUUGGCAAAUCGUGAUUAGUUUAAUUCUUUUGUUGUGGGAUUAGUUGAAGGGAGUAAGUGAGAAUGAUGAGAUGACAGCUCACGGGGCAGGUGUUCUGAGCUGGACGGGCAGGCAGUGAGGGAAAACGCGGAGUUGGACUUUUGGUUUUUGGAGGGUGCUGCCCGGCUGCCCGAAGAAGAGUGACUUGUGCGAGUAAUCAUACACAAAAAAAAAAAAGUACUUUAUUCUUUGUAAUUUUGAUUUAUUUCUACUACCUACUUGUCCUAUAAAUAUAUUCACGUAAAAUUCAUGAAAAAACAAUAAUUUUGUAUAACCAGUAAUUACAGUUUAUUUACGUAAAUAUAUUUCCCACAAUUUCUUCA